UCAGUGUUAUUAGCCUGGAAGUCUUUGCCUUUAUUAGACUCUGAUUAAAAUGAGAAAUUGUGUUUCUUAACUUGAUUAACUGGUUUGUUUGGGUGCAUGCCUGGUUAUACAAUAUAAGCAUUGAUAUUGGCCUCUAUGUCAAAACAUGUUUGGUAAUUUAUUUAUUUAUAUUUUUUUCCUUGCUUGAUUGUACACCGUUACAACCACAAAUCAAAGCAUGUCCAGAAUAAAAACUUGUCAAAAUUCUCUCUCUGUUGCUGUGGAUCCAAAAUGCAGUUUCUUCAUGCUUUCAUAUUCAGACAUAUGCAGUGCUACUUCCUCUCACCACAGUGAAUUGUGUUACUUUUAAUGUACUGCGACAUGUCAGGAAAAAAUAUCUCUGAUAUUAUGCCAUUUGCGGAAACAACAAGAAAAUGUGGAAGCAUUUUUCUGUGGAACUGGGUCAUGCUGUUAGUCCUGCUGUUUUAACUCAGGUUAAGAGCUAUUAGGAAACUGCCCUACUCUUUAGUGGCGUAUGAGUCCCCUUUUUAUGUGUGCGUGUGUUUCUAACAGCUGUAUGCUCUAGUUAUUUUCUUUUUGAUGGCAUAGAGAUAAAGCCCAGAGCCAAAAAGAGGUUCAAGACCACUCUAUGCUGUCCUUUCAGUUUAUUCUGUUGUGCCAGAAAAAAAAGGUUUGUAAAAGUCUGCCUUGUUCGGAUGCUCACACAUCGGCUUCACCAUGAACAAAAAUAAGCAAGAAAAAGAAUUCUACAGCGUAGAUGUGGGUGAUUCAACAUUCACAGUGUUGAAGCGGUAUCAGAAUCUAAGACCCAUUGGCUCGGGUGCUCAGGGAAUAGUCUGCUCAGCGUAUGACCACAACCUUGAGCGAAAUGUGGCUAUAAAGAAACUCAGCCGGCCUUUUCAGAAUCAGACUCAUGCCAAACGCGCAUACAGAGAGCUGGUGCUCAUGAAGUGUGUCAACCAUAAAAACAUAAUAUGUCUGUUAAAUGUUUUUACAUCACAAAAAUCAUUAGACGAAUUCCAAGAUGUUUACCUAGUAAUGGAGCUGAUGGAUGCCAACCUCUGCCAAGUCAUUCAGAUGGAGCUGGACCACGAGCGGCUGUCCUAUUUGCUGUACCAGAUGCUGUGCGGAAUAAAACACCUCCACUCGGCGGGGAUCAUCCACAGGGAUCUAAAACCCAGUAACAUUGUGGUAAAGUCAGACUGUACCCUGAAGAUCCUGGAUUUCGGUCUGGCCAGGACAGCAGCUACAGGUCUGCUGAUGACACCAUAUGUGGUGACACGUUACUACAGGGCCCCUGAAGUCAUCCUGGGAAUGGGAUAUCAAGCCAAUGUGGAUGUAUGGUCUGUUGGCUGUAUCAUGGCUGAAAUGGUCAGAGGUAGUGUGUUGUUUCCGGGUUCAGAUCAUAUUGAUCAGUGGAACAAAGUCAUAGAGCAGCUGGGAACACCAUCUCAGGAGUUCAUGACGAAACUCAACCAGUCUGUGCGGACCUAUGUGGAGAACAGGCCGCGGUACACUGGAUACAGCUUUGAGAAGCUCUUUCCCGAUGUCCUGUUCCCUGCUGAUUCAGAACACAACAAACUGAAAGCAAGCCAGGCGCGGGACCUGCUGUCUAAAAUGCUGGUGAUAGAUGCAUCCAAGCGAAUCUCUGUAGAGGAAGCUCUGCAGCACCCCUACAUUAACGUGUGGUACGACCCAGCUGAAGUGGAAGCGCCACCUCCUCUAAUCACAGACAAACAGCUCGAUGAGAGGGAUCACACAGUGGAGGAGUGGAAAGAGCUGAUCUAUAAAGAAGUCCUGGAUUUGGAAGAAUGGAUGAAAAACGGUGUUAUUCGAGGUCAGCCUUCCCCUCUAGGUGCAGCAGUGAUCAACGGCUCACCCCAGCCCUCCUCCUCUUCCUCCAUCAAUGAUGUCUCCUCCAUGUCCACAGAGCCCACCGUGGCCUCUGACACAGACAGCAGCCUUGAGGCCUCCGCAGGACCCCUGAGCUGCUGCAGAUGACUAUCACCUUCCCCUGGCGUUUCUCUGUGUGUGGCAUGGUAUCAGAUUUAGGCCAGUCUAAUACUUCAUUUCGGGUCGGGUGUGGCUUUUUUGAGUUCCGCUCUAGAUGCUGUAAAUGACUACACAAUUUUAUCUUUUUAGCAGCAGCCCUAAUAUUUAAAGCUACGUUUAGAGUAUUUUGUCAAGUUGUCGUAGAGUGAUUUUGGAAGGUAAUCUGUAAAGAUUGAAUUGCGAAUAUAUUUUCUCAAAUUAAUUUAUUUUGAGUAUUUUUUUCCUGGUCAAUGUAUAAUUUUCUUGGUCACUUGGGAUAUGAAAAACUUUAGAAACAAGUCCAUAUUAGUAUUCUUGAAUGGACAUAACAAUAUUGCACAAAUUAAUAUCAGCAUAGUUAUUUAAGUUCAUUUUGACAUAACUUGCCUGAGGUGGCUUUUUCUGGGUCAUAUUUUCCAUCACUGUGCGCAGCAAAUUUUAUUUAAAUUUUGUACAGUUUAAUUUAGAUAUAACUUGCAACAUCAAAAAAAUAUUUUUAUAUGUACAUUGAUUUAUUUUACCAGGCUGUUCUUUUUUCCCAUGAAUAGUUUUGCUGCUGGUUAAUUUCCUGGUUGAAUGUGAAAUGUGACGUGCUUGUGCGUAUGUCUGUGGGGUUCUCGUUUUUGUUCUAGUCCUAGUUACCUAGGAUUUCUUUUUUUUUUUUUUAUAAUUAAAAAAUAGUUUUACCUCUUAAAAAAUCUGCGUAUAGAACAAGCAUAGCGCUUCAUUAUUGUAUCAUUGCAUUUUUUUCUCUGUUUUUUCCAACCCUUAGUAAGGUUUUGUUUUGUUACAUAUGAGUCUGAAAUUUCCUGAGCUGGUAGAACAAAUGUUAAUAAUUUACAAUUAU